UAAAGAAGAAGAAAAGUUAAAGAUUAAAAUAAUUAAGCGAAACAAUCUAGGCUGGCUCCUGCAUCGGAGUUGCAGUCGUUGCGUAAUUACGCGCGCUUGUGGGUGUAUAAGGUUGGAAUUGUCGCAUAAUGGCGUUGGCAUUGCGUGUGGCCUGCAGGGGCCAUUGGGGCAGGUGGCCACAGGAGCGCCGUCGAUUGGUGCGACUGUGCAGCACAUCGCGGCUCCCCGGCAGCGAUAGCGGACAGAAAUCGAAUUACAGCACACAAGAACAGCCCAAAAUGUCGGCUCCAAAGCCAAUGGACACGACUCCGCCACAAAUCAAGCGUAAUGUAGCCGCUGAGAUAACCAGCGUUGGCAAGGUCAUCUAUGAGGCGGGCUGGGAUGAAAAAAAAGCCAAAGGAUCACAGCCAAAGACUGGAACAACAUCAGACACAUCAACGCGCACUGAAUCUACGCCCGGCGACGAUUCACCGGAUAAAAAAAACAAGGACAAGGAUCGAGAGCCUCAGAAAUCGAAGCGCGAGCAGAUGCGGGACGAUAUGCAGGAUUACAUCUUCGCGCGCUACUUCAACUAUGUAAAAAACUAUGACAAAGUGCUGGAGAAGAACUUUCCAAAGGCUAUGCAGCUCUAUCGAGCAUUCUUCGAUGGCGUCAAAGACUUUUUCGCGGACAUGAAGCGUUUCCUUAAGGUGGCGCGCAUAGCCAACGAUUCGCCGCAAGGCAUCCGGGCGUUGAAUCGCCAAGAACUCGAGCUGUACAUGCAAAUGCCCCGCGACAUGAUGAAAGUGGCGCCGGCAUUGAUUGGCUGCUCACUGCCCAUGGUAGGCUACGCUUUCUUUCCGCUCGUCUUUUAUUAUCCACGCACAUUUCUCACGACGCACUUCUGGACGCCAGAGCAGCGCAUCGAGUUUCCGAGCUAUUUCAUGAAACGCAGACUGCAAUGCAACAAAUCUGUGCUGCGCUGCCUGCAGGCCAAACUGAAGUCUGUCGCGGGACAUCAUAAGCAUGCAGAGUUCGAAUGCAUUCUAGGUCAACUGGGCAGCGGCACACAUCCCACGCCAGAGGCUCUGAUCGCAGUCAAGGACAUAUUUGCCGAGGGACCCUACUCACUGCUGGGCAUGUCUCGAAGACACAUUAAAUGUCUAGUCAAGAUGCAUGGAUUGCCCAAUAGCCUGUUCAAACGGCAUCGCUUGCACGAGCACGCAUUCCUGGUGCACUACAUGGAUUUAGCCAUUACGCGCGAAGGUGGCGUCCAUAAUCUAAGCCUGCCGGCGUUGCGCUACUCAUGCUAUCUGCGCGGUCUCAAUCCGGAUAAUCUGAACGCCGAGCAGAUGAUCGAAUGGCUACGCAACUGGGUGAAGGUCUCCACGUUAAUACAAGGCGAGCACAUCACACUGUUUCUACAUCUACCUAUUCUUCUGGGCUAUAAUCAUCCCAACAAUUGGAAGACCAUCUACUGCAACAAAGACUCCUGAGGGAAUGGUGCUAGUUGCUUAAGUUUGCAAAAAUUGCAAACUAAAAACGCGUUUUGUUUUAUAAAAGCAAAUAAAACUGUUGAAAACUGAAACUAGAAAUACUUCUG